AUGUCUUGUUACGACAGCAAGUUGAACCCCUACAGGACAACCAUUGCAAACCUCUGGGGCACCUCACCCACGCUUUAUUAUGUCACCCAGAGCAUGGCAGCAGCCUGUCUAUCAGAGGUUUCGCCAGGCCUAGUCACGGCCAGCGGUCGCCUUCGGGACCAAGCGGUUCGCUCCCUGUGGAACGAAAGCAGAGUUGACCAGACAGCUACGUCAUCACUGCUGGCCUUGGUUAUGCUCGGCUUCAGUCUUUGUUGGCAUGACCCCAGUAGCCUCGGUCAGUCAGAGUUUGAACUCCUUGCUGAGACGGUAACCCAUCUGGACAGCCAGAGCGGCAAUUUGACGCCAAUUGAAAAGCAAAAGAGGUUCUUCUUCCACAACUCUCUCGUCUACUGGAAGAUGUUAUUGUCCUUAGUCACCGAUCAAGAACUGCCUAUUCUAGGCGCCACUCGAGAGAUCCAACCACAGCCGGCCUUUGUGUCAACCCAAAAAAACGUAGUGAUGCCGCAUCCACAGACAGGCAUUGGCGUCGAUGUUCACGAGCUUGUCGCUCAGGCUGGGGCUCUGGUCAGGAAAGAGCGUAGACGUAUUCGUCGACGCCAGCAUUCAUCGAGACAUGACAUUGAACAGUCCAUCAACGCCAUACGAACCGCAGAACAGGUUCAAGCCAAGUUAUGCGCGCUAGACCUUCCAAGAAAAGCGGCAGUCAUGGACUCGGGCGAUGAUAUGACCCCCACCGAUCAUCUACUAAAAACAGCAGAGGCUUACAGAUGCACCGGGCUUUUGCAACUCUAUCGUAACUUCCCCGAUCUCUUAUUCGACGGCACAUCGCCUGUCACUCUCGCAAGCCCUCCAAGUUGGUUGGAGACUUCCGAAAGCGCCAGUUGCAGCCACUCUGAAGAUUCCAGUGUCAUAUUAGGUACAUGGCUAACGAGUCUUGCCCUCCAUGUAAUCGAUCUUGUACAGGAUAUUCCGAUUUCCUCACGAUCUCGGUCUAUCCAGCCACUUCUUCUUGUCAGCAUUUGCAGCGAGCUUUCUCUUGGUCGUACGUUAGUGCCAGCUCCAUACAUGAAAAAGAGCGCCGUCGCUAGCAUCGGGUCCAGUCCAAGAAUGAAGGUGUCGCCAACAAUCACUGAUGUCCUGCAUGCGAGACGACUCAUAGUCUCACGGCUCACAUCUUUCGAGGGGAUUUUGGGCUGCAAAUCCAAUAAGACAAAUGCUAAAGCCUGUCAAAGAGACUUGGGCCUGUUUGGACAGUCAGAAACACGAUGUAUAUUGGAUGGACGUUAUGAUGGACAAGGGGUACGAAACCUUGAUGGGCUGAGAGCCAUCAGAUGCUGGGAUGUGUACCAUGGUGAUGAUGAAUGA